AUGUCGCGGCUAAUAUCCUCAGCCCUCUCGUUGCGCCGCGAUCCACGUAUCCUCAAACUCCCGCCCUACCUGUCGCUAGCAUGCAUUCUUGGCGGCAUUGCAUGGCUAUUUCUGUUGCCUCUCAAUGACUACUCCCGCCGAACAUACAUCUCCGAGAAUGCGCUGCUCCCGGGCCAGGUACACACAUACUUUGGCGGAAGCGACCAGAAUGUCCUACGGGCCUACAAGAACGAGGUUAACUUGGUCAAGGACAAGUCCAACUACGAAAUCAAUGACAAACUCGAGGGCAUUCUCAAGAACAUAGGCUUGAAGGUCGGGCGCCAGAACUACACAUACGAAUCGGCUGGCGACAUCUAUACGGGCGAGAAUAUAUACGCCAUUCUCCAGGCUCCGCGUGGUGACGCUACUGAAGCAAUCGUGCUGGUUGCUGCAUGGAAGACGAUCGACGAGAAAUUUAACGUCAACGGCGUGCCGUUGGCUCUGACUCUUGCGCGGUACUUCAAGCGGUGGUCUCUCUGGUCCAAGGACAUCAUCCUCGUCAUCCCCCCGGACAGCAGGACGGGCGCUCAGGCCUGGGUUGACGCAUAUCACGACUCGCACGACUCGUCCUGUGUGAACUCGUUACCUCUCAAAUCCGGUGCGUUGCAGGGCGCUAUCGCAAUAGACUUCUCACAGGAGCGCCGCUUUGAAUCCAUCCACAUCAUCUACGAUGGUAUCAAUGGCCAACUGCCAAAUCUCGACCUUAUCAACUCUGUUGUCAACAUCGCAGGCGGGCAGAUGGGCAUGGGAACCGCUAUUCAGGAAAUGUGGUCGCACUCGGACAAAUACCAAGACCGGCUACGGACCAUGCUUCGCGGCAUGCUGAACCAGGGGCUUGGCCACGCCUCGGGCCCGCAUAGCAGCUUCAUCCCGUACCAUGUUGAUGCUGUCACCCUGCAACCCUUUGGCGAAGGUUGGCAUGACGAGAUGGGCAUGGGGCGCUUGGUCGAGGGUACGUUCCGCAGCUUGAACAACCUCCUCGAACACCUUCAUCAAAGUUUCUUCUUUUACCUCCUGAUGCACAAGGAGAGAUUCGUCAGUAUUGGCACGUACCUACCUAGUGCCAUGAUCCUGGCCGCCAGUUUUACAAUCACUGCUAUCUCUCUGUGGGUGAAGAGUGGCCACCAGGAAGAGGGUUCAGGUGCAAAAAGCAUAGCGGCCAGGGCGGACAGUAAAACCACGUCUUCUGAAGCGUGCAUUGAAGGUUCUGCAAAGAAGCCAGCCCCACCACCGCGAUCAGUACCGGCGGUUGAACGUGAUUUGUUCCUCCCCUUGGGCUUGGUGGCCAUCUGCCAGUUCUUGGGCGUCAUACCCCUGUACCUCUUCAACCACAUGCCCGCAAAUAUGCUUUCAGGGGCCUAUGCAGCCUUCGCGCUCGUCAAUUGCGCCCUGCCCUUUCUCAUCUCCUCGUUGCUGACCUCUAUUUACAACCCGACUGUCCAACAAUACCAGCUCAUCAAGUCUUUUUCCUUGCUUUUGCUCGGCAUGUUCCUAUCUGCUCUUGCUACUCUGAACUUCUCCCUGGCUUUCCUCGUUGGCGUCAUGGCUAGUCCGCUCUCCUUCAUGCGACCCUGGCCACAGCACUCGGCCGUCCGAUGGGCCUGUGCCGCGUUCCUCCAGCUCGCGUCCCCGACGGCGGCGCUAUACUCCAUCUCGUCGUAUUUCGACAUUAGCAUCGGAGGGGUCCUCAAGGAGGCUGCGUUCGGGUGGGACGUAUGGGGCAUGUAUACCCCCGUCAUCAUCUGGGGUGUGUGGUGGCCCGCCUGGCUUAUGGGGUCCGUCAUUGUGCUCGGACAGCCUGUGUCCAAGGCGAAGAGCAUACGGCUGGAUUAG